AUGACAUUGUGGGUACUAACCGUCGCACUGUCCCCAGCUGCUGACCCUCGAAGUGCCUCAUUUAGCACCUCUAUCCUCUACGACGAAAAAACGGACACACAAGAAGCAGUUGAGACUGCGGAUCCCGGUCGAGGAGAUCAUCCUGAUGACUUUUAUGACUCAAAGUCCAACGACCGCUCGAGCUAUCCGCACGCCAUUCACGAAAUCGCCAAACGCGAUCCACUGUCCAAACCUCCCAACAAGACUUCUGGCCAGGGUAAACCAUCCAAUGACACGAAGUCUGACCCAGCUUUGAACCAUACAGCAAGUGAAAGUGACUUGGUCAAGGAUUGGAAAUAUGAGAAAGCCUCGAUCGCCGCGUCGAGCAUUUUCGCUGUGGUAGCUCUCGCUGCAAUCGCUCUACUGGGCUGGAAGAUCGUCAAGAAGGUCCGCACGCGCCAGAGACGAAAGAAGGGAGCAGACGAUGACUCACUGGACGAGAGAAGAGCAAGAAGAGAGGCUAUGAUGUUCAGCAAAAGCCACUCAGCCGGCUCCUACAUGGUCGAGGAAGAGAAGGAUGGCAAAGUCAUCCGCGUUUUCUGCACAAGUCGCAACAAAUUUCGCACUACGACGCCUCGUACCUCUACCGUCGGUGAUCCCCUGGAGCAAAUCAAUUCUACUCUGAGCAUGAAAGCAGAAGCUACACGUCACAUGAAGGGCUUGGAUAAUUCUAAAAGAGGACGUCGCGGCUCUAUCCCGAAGCAGAUUGUGGUUGUAUCGUCUCCAUUGCAACCGGCUGUCUCACGAACCGCCGUUCCUGAUUCCCAAUUACCUGACCCCGUCACAGAUGCGAGUAGUAGGAGCAGUGAGCUAGGAACCGAAUGUCCCCGAACACCAGCGCACUCAUUAGCCACAGACGUGGAUCAAGACCGAGAAAUUGAAGCUGAAAUUUCGUCAGUUCGCAGCUACAGAAGGUCACUACUUCGUCUGCCGUCAAUCAAAAAAUCCAUCUCUCCUUUUUGCAAGUUUUGA